GAAGCAUCAAGGGAAAUCUUGUGUCGCAAGACACGUCUAAAAUCAUUACCAGCAGCACGAAAAGCCCUUCUCACGAGGAUAUAUCACGGUCGAACGAAUGAAAUGAUUGAUCGAGGACUCCUGCUAUGGUUUCCCGUUUCACCGGGGAAGACACGAUCGAGUUUCACGUGCAUGGCGGUUCGGCAAUCAUUGCAGCGAUGUACGAUAGCUUGGCAGCAUUUCCCGAAGCACGAAUAGCCGAACCGGGAGAGUUCACAAAGCGUGCGUUCUAUGCCGGAAAAAUGGAUCUAACGGAAGUCGAAGGUUUAGCCGAUCUGAUACACGCCGAAACGGAGGCACAGAGGAGGCAGGCAUUGCGACAGGCAAACGGUCAGCUGGCCACAUUUUACAAUGGGAUGCGCGCACAGCUCGUGAAGGUAAUUGCGGGUGUAGAAGCGUACAUAGAUUUCGCCGAGGAUCAAGAUGUUGACGAUGGUGUUCUGGAAGGGAGCGUAACUGAGGUCCGGACGCUAAUAGAAGAACUGAAAGCCCACCUGAAUGAUAACCGACGAGGGGAGCGACUCAGGGAUGGCGUUCGAACGGCCAUCGUUGGAGCUCCGAACGUUGGCAAGAGUAGUUUGAUCAAUUUGCUCAGUCAACGCAACGUUUCGAUCGUGACCAGUAUUGCCGGUACCACGCGAGAUAUCGUGGAAUCACAUUACGAUAUCGGAGGCUACCCGGUGGUUCUUGCCGAUACCGCGGGUCUUCGUUCAAAAACAGAUGAUGUAAUCGAAAGUGAAGGUAUUGUGCGAGCGAAAGCGUACGUUGAGAGCGCUGAUUUUGUCGUGUUCGUCAUCGAUGCUUCCCGAAUCGAUUGUCACGAUCACGUGGAUUCGUAUGUCGAACAAUACAUAGCAUCGAUCGGGUUGGACAAAGCGCUGCUAGGAAGUGGGAUGGUGGUAUUCAACAAAUGUGACCUCGUAGAUGAGAAGCUGUUAAGUAGAUUGAGAAGCAGCAAGAAGCGGUACACACUUUUGUCGUGUGAGAAUAAGUCAGGCUUACCGGAACUGCUUGCCACAAUGGGCACACAUCUCGAACGCUUGUGUGGCAAUCCCGGAAUCGAAAACCCAACCAUCACACAGGAACGCCAUCGAUACCACCUGAAGCAGUGCCUGGAUUGUCUGGAGCGAUACCGGGAAUACUUUACCGAAACGUCGGAAUCGGCCCGGGACCUUGCCAUCGCCACGCACCAUCUGCGCAAUGCCGUACGGAGUAUCGGUCGAAUAACGGGAUCCGUGGAGACGGAGGAAAUACUCGAUGCUAUAUUUAGCACCUUUUGUAUCGGAAAAUAGAGCUCACGAUAGUAA